AUGGAAAAACUAGGGGAUAACGCAACCAAAGCAACCAUCAGCAAGUCAAUGACAACAGUAUGGCAGAGAUGGACCAGACUCCCGCAGUACAGCACGUGAGCAGGAGAAGAUACUGGAAGAGGCUGUACAGGAAUGGAAAAAUCUCAGUGAUAAGAUACAGGAAUCCACCUUGGCAAUUGAUCAGCUUCAGGAACGCCUACCAGAGAGCUCCACAGAAAAGGCCACGAAAGCUGAACUAAUAGAGCUACUGGAAAACCAUGAAACCUUCUCUCGUCAGUUGGAGAAGGAGUUCUCAGCAGUCAAUCGGCUUAGACAGCAUGCACUGAAUACUGUCUUGCGAGAUGCUGCAUCUGAACCAGCUGCCUUUGAAGACCUGCCAGUCAUUCAAGAAAUUAAAGCCAUGCUUGACAGAUGUUCAAAUAUGCAGCAGAAAUUAAAGAAGAGCAAGAAGCUUGUAGAGCAGGAAUUGAAGGAAAGGGAGGAUGUGGAGAAGGAGCUGAAUGCAGUUAAAACCUGGAUCAAGGAUACUAAGGCCAGUCUACUGAACCCUGCAUCAGAAAUGGACAUGCAGAUAGAAGAUUGGCAGAGUUUGCAGAAAGAAUUAAAUUCUCAUCGUCACAAAGUGGAGAAUUUGUCUGAAGAGCAACAGAACAAAUAUUUGGAGAUGUAUGCAAUUCUACCAUCUGAACUUUCAUUAUUGCUUGCUGAAGUGGCAUUAGCACUGGCAAAUGUAAAUGAAGAGAUUCAAAUGAAGCAGAAAGAAGCACAGCAGAAUCAAGUGUUGUAUCAGGAUCUAAAUCAGCAAGCUGCAGAAGUUGAGCAAGAGUUGAAUAUAAUUUUGGAAAAACUGAAAGGGAAAGCAAGCGACGUGGCUCAAGCUAAAAAAGAUCACAAGAUCUUAUGUGAGGAAUUAGACAAGUGCAAUAUAAAGCUUGUGGAACUGGAUGCAGCUGUGCAAGACUUUAGUGAGCAAAGUCCCACAUUGGCAAAGCAGCUGGUGGACAAAGUAGGCAUACUAACAGAACUACAGCAGCAAGCCAGCAAGGAGGCUGAAUACAAGACAGGCAGAGUAAAACAGGCUGCAGUUCAACUGGAGGAAUACAACGAAAUGCUAGAAUUUAUUCUGCGGUGGAUAGGGAAGGCAAAAAUAUUAGUGCAUGGUCUCAUUACCUGGAAUUCAGCAAGUCAGCUUCGUGAUCAGGCAAUGGCUCACCAGGCUAUGUUAGAUGAGUCUAGAGAUAUCCGCAGUGAUCUGGAAGCUAUGAAUGAGAAAAUAGACUACUUGUCAAGUGUGUACCAUACUGGUGGAUUGUGUCAGCAAGUAUCGGAACUUGGACGAGAGACUGAAGAAUUGCAACAAACAAUCAAACAACGCUUGCAGAGCCUUUAUGAUGCUGCAGAAGAUAUGAAGAAGUUUGAAAGUGAAGUGAGAGCUUUACAAACCGCACUGGCACAAGCCCAGUCUACGUUGACUUCUACAGAGCUUGGGCGCUUAAGUCUUAAGGAACAACUAUCACAUCGACAGCAUCUGCUUUCCAAAAUGGAAUCUCUGAAGCCAAAAGUACAAGCUGUACAGGUUUGCCAGAGUGCCUUAAGAAUCCCCGAAGAGGUUGUUACCAGCCUUCCUAUAUGCUGUACAGCUGUCAGGCUGCUAGAGGAGACCAGCCGUCUUCAACAUACAGCUAUCCAACAGUGCAAUAUAAUGCAGGAGGCCGUAGUCCAGUAUGAACAGUAUGAACAGGAAAUGAAACAUUUGCAGCAUCUCAUUGAGGAAGCACAUCGGGAAUUACAAGAUGCAAAAGUAACAACUAACAACAUCCAAGAACUACAGAUCCAAAUCAAACGCCAUGAGGAGCUGGCAAAGAAAAUCAAAGGCUAUCAGGAUCAGAUAGCGUCGCUGAAUUCUAAAUGUAAGAUGUUAACCAUGAAAGCAAAACAUGCUACGAUGUUACUGACUGUGACUGAAGUGGAAGGACUGACAGAGGGAAUGGAAGAACUGGAUGCUGAACUCCUCCCUGCACACUCUGCUCACCCGUCAGUUGUUAUGAUGACCGCUGGUCGCUGUCACACUCUUCUAUCACCUGUCACUGAGGAAUCAGGGGAGGAGGGUACCAACAGUGAGAUUUCCUCUCCACCGGCCUGUCGUUCACCUUCACCUGUGGCUAAUACAGAUGCUUCUGUUAAUCAGGACAUUGCUUAUUACCAGGCCUUAUCUGCUGAACAGUUGCAGACAGAUGCUGCCAAGAUCCAGCCCAACACAGCUUCUUCUCAAGAAUUGUAUGAUCCCGGAAUAGAGACAGCUGCUAACGCCAAAUUAGAUGAUCUACAGCGUUCCUGGGAGACACUGAAAAAUGUGAUUAGCGAAAAGCAACGCACUUUAUAUGAGGCUCUUGAACGACAGCAAAGAUAUCAAGAUUCGCUUCAGUCCAUUUCCACUAAAAUGGAGGCUGUUGAAGUUAAAUUAAAUGAAAGUUUGGAGCCCAGCAAGACCCCUGAAAGUCAGAUGGCUGAACACCAGGCUCUUAUGGAUGAGAUUUUAAUGUUACAGGAAGAGAUCAGCAAGUUGCAAGCUUCCUUUGCAGAUGAGCUAGUAUCUGAAUCUCUUGAUUCAGAAGCUGCUGAUCAGUUAGCUCUGCAAUCAACACUGACUGUUUUGGCUGAGAGAAUGGCCACCAUCAGAAUGAAGGCCUCAGGAAAACGGCAACUCUUGGAGGAAAAACUGAGUGAGCAGCUGGAAGAACAACGCCAUGAACAGGCUCUGCAGAGAUACCGCAGUGAAGCAGAUGAACUUGAUCACUGGCUGCUGGGGGCCAGGUCUACUCUGGACAAUGUAUUGCGUGCCUUUGAGGAGCCUAUGGAUAUGGAGGCACAACUAAUUGAUUGCCAGAACAUGCUUUUGGAAAUAGAACAGAAAGUGGUGGCUUUGUCGGAACUGUCCGUACACAGUGAGAACUUACUCAUGGAAGGGAAGGCCCAAACUAAGGAAGAGGCUGAACAGUUGGCAAUGAAACUAAGAACUUUGAAGGGGAGCCUCUUGGAACUGCAGAGGGUUCUCCAAGACAAACAGAUAAGCAUCCAGGGGACAUUUCAUGAAAAGGAAGAAUCAGAGGCAGAGCUGUCUUCUUCACAAAGUCCCAGUGUCCAAGAAUGGUUGGUGCAAACACGUACAACUCGCUCACUUCAGAAGCAGAACAGUCUUCAGAAGCAGAAGGAACUGGAACAGGAACUUGCUGAGCAGAAGAAAUUAUUGCAAUCUGUUGCAAGUCGUGGAGGUGAAAUCAUAAAUCAGCAAACAGCCACUGAUCGGACAAAUGUCAGUGAUGGACCUGAUUCCCUGUCUAGAGAGUUAGGCUUGGAAGGAGUAAAACCAAAAUCUCAAGAUCGGAUGAAAAUGAAAUGGGAGAGUCUGCACCAAGAGCUCAGCACCAAAGAGAAGCUAAUUCACAGUGCUUUACAGCAGGAGCAAGAACAGCCGAUAUUCAGCAAAACAAACAGAAUUAUACCCGGGUGCCUUUUUACAAAGGAGACAAGCAAGUACAAGACAAAUCAUCUGUUGUAAAUAUUUUGGAUGGAUUAAAUCAAGCGCUGCAAGAUGUAUCAUCUCAGACUACAGUUGGAGAAAAAAAGAUCCUUCCAUUAGAGAAAAAACUCUAUGAUGCUGUCUCAGCUACUUCUACUUGGUUGGAUGAUGUGGAGGAACGACUUUUUGUACAAACUGCCCUUCAACCAGAAGAGACAGAAUCCUGUCUUUACCACCAAGAGACUUUGGCUAAAGACAUUAAAGAAAUGAGUGAAGAGAUGGACAAGAACAAAAAACUCUUUUUACAAGCCUUCACAAGUACCGGAGACCACCAGGAAAUCAUAGAGGACACGUUGUAUUGUCUUCUGGGAAGACUGAACUCUUUGGAAUCUGUUGUAAACCACAGAUGUAAUCAGAUGAAAGAGAGGUUACAAGAUCUUCUGACCUUUCAGAACGAUUUGAAGAUGCUGUUUACUUCCUUGGCUGAUAAUAAAUACAUCAUACUGCACAAACUGGCAGAAGCUGCAGAGCGACCGGCGAAAGAACAGAUGCAGGCUAUUUUACAAGCAGAAGAUAGUUUAAAAGAACUGGACACAGAAAUUACUGAGUUGAAAAAACACGGAGAUAAACUACAAGUGGACCAGCAAUCAGUGCAAGAAUUAUCAAAGCUUCAGGACACUUAUGAUGAAUUGAUUAUGAUAAUCAACUCGAGAAGAGGUGGACUAAACCAGAAUCUAGCUCUAAAGAGUCAGUAUGAAAGAGCUCUACAAGACCUAUCUGAUUUGAUUGAAACAGGAGAGGAGAAGAUGUCUGGAGGACAGAAAUGCAUUGUCACCUCUAGAGAAGAAGUCUACAAUAUGCUUCAGAAGCACAAGGAGUAUUUCCAAGGCUUGGAGUCACACAUGAUUCUCACAGAAACACUUUUCCGGAAAAUCAGCAGCUAUGCUUCUCUUAGGGAGACUCAGCAACACUCAGACUUGAUGGCGAGAGCAUCUGCUGUACUGAAACAAGCUCACAAGAGAGGAGUAGAACUGGAAUACAUACUAGAGACAUGGAUGCAAUUGGAUGAAAAAUAUCAAGACCUAAGCAGGCAGCUGGAGACAAUUGAGAGCAACAUACCUAUUGUGGGGCUUGUGGAAGAAUCAGAAGAAAGACUAAAAGAAAGAAUUCAGUUGUAUCAGUGCUUUAAGUCCAGCUUGGCAGAGUACCAGCCACGACUUUACCAGGUCUUGGAAGAUGGGAAGAGACUGCUGAUGUCAAUCAAUUGCUCAGAGCUAGAGAGUUCACUGAAUCAGUUAGGAGAGCAAUGGCUGAACAGCACCAGCAAGGUUUCCAAGGAACUGAACAGACUGGAGAAUAUCCUCAAACACUGGACAAGAUAUAAAAAUGAAUCAGCUGAACUUGUUCACUGGUUGCGCUCUGCAAUGGAUAGACUAGACUUUUGGACUGAACAGUCUGUUACUGUGCCUCAAGAGCUGGAGACAGUCAGAGAUCAUCUAAAUGCUUUCUUGGAAUUCUCCAAAGAAGUUGAUGCCAAAUCUUCUCUGAAAUCAUCAGUGCUGAGCACUGGAAACCAGCUGCUUCGUCUGAAGAAAGUAGAUACAGCAGCACUUCGUUCUGAACUGGCACAGAUAGAUAAUCAGUGGACAGAGCUCCUCACUCAUAUCCCUGUAGUACAAGAAAAGCUUCAUCAACUGCAGAUGGACAAGCUUCCUUCACGCCAUGCCAUUACUGAAGUCAUGACUUGGAUUUCUCUGAUGGAAAAUGUAAUUAAGGAAGAUGAACAGAACAUCAGGAAUGUUGUAGGAUGUGAAGCUAUUCAGGAAUAUUUGCUGAAAUACAAGGGAUUUAAGAUUGACAUCAAUUGUAAGCAGCUGACAGUGGACUUUGUGAAUCAGUCAGUGCUCCAGAUUAGUAGCCAGGAUGUGGAAAGUAAAAGGAGUGACAAAACUGAUUUUGCUGAAAAGCUGGGAGCCAUGAAUAGACGCUGGCAGAUCCUUCAAGGAUUGAUAACUGAAAAGAUUCAGCUGCUAGAGGGGUUGCUGGAGUCUUGGACAGAAUACAGGAACAGUGUGCAAAGUUUAAAAUCUUGGUUUGAGAAACAAGAAAAGCAACUGCAGAAAUAUCAGAACAUCGGAGAUCAAGCUUCAGUCCAGAACAGCUUGAAAGACUGCCAGGAACUGGAAGAGCUUAUCAAGGCUAAAGAAAAAGAUGUAGAGAAGGUCGGACAGACUGGACUUUCCUUAAUUCAUAACAAAAAAGAAAAAGUUAGUGCCAUCAUUAUGGACAACCUUGGUGACCUUCACCAGUCUUGGGCUAAUCUGGAUUGCAAGGUGUGCCAGCUAAAGAUAUUGUUGCAGUCGGUACUUGAUCAGUGGAGCAUUUACAAGGAAGUUUACGAAGAUCUGAACAGUUAUUUGAUGGAAGCCAGGUAUUCCUUGUCCCGCUUCCGGCUCCUGACAGGAUCCAUGGAAGCUGUCAAAGUCCAAGUGGACAAUCUGCAGAGUCUACAGGAAGAGCUGGACAAACAGGAGACAGUUUUAAAUAAGUUUGCCUGUGUAUCCAACAAGCUCCAGAAUGAAUGUUACUCCACUGUCGCAGAAGCACUGAAGAGCACUUUAAAAGAGGUUACCUCAAGGUGGAAUAGUUUAUUGGAAGACAUUUCAGAACAGCUGCACUCAAGCAAGACUUUGCUUCAGCUAUGGAAGAAGUACAAAGAUUUCUGUACUCAGUGUUCUGCCACUGUGCAGCAGCAGGAAGACCGCACCAAUCAGUUACUGAAGACUGCAACCAACAAGGACAUAGGAGAUGAUGAGAUAGCAACCUGGAUACAGGACUGCAGUGUUCUUUUGAAAAAUCUGGAAACAGCAAAAAUCUCAUUGGCUGGUCUCUGUGAGAUUGGAGAGGAGCUUAAACACCAAGUGGACUCAUCUGCAGCUGCAACCAUCUUAUCUGACCACUUAUCACUGAGUCAGCGUUUGUCAGUAUUAGAGCAGGCUCUUCAAAGACAACAGGCCAUCCUCCAGGCUGGAGUGUUAGAUUAUGAAACCUUUGUGAAUAGUCUAGAAAAUCUGGAGGCCUGGAUUGUGUCUGCAGGAGAGGUGUUAAAUGGUCAGGAUCCUAACCGCUCAUCAGAUCUUUCCAUAAUUCAAGAGAGGAUGGAAGAACUAAAAAGGCAAAUGUUGCAGUUCAGUAGCAUGGCCCCAGACUUGGAUCGUCUUAAUGAGUUAGGGUACAGAUUACCACUAAAUGACAAGGAAAUAAAACGGAUGCAGUGUUUGAAUAGAAACUGGACAAUGGUGUCAUCUCAGACAACAGAAAGAUUCAGUAAGUUACAGUCCUUCUUGCUACACCAUCAGACCUUCCUAGAAAAAUGUGAGACUUGGAUGGAGUUCCUGAUUCAGACUGAGCAGAAACUGGCAGUAGAGAUACCUGGAAACUACCAAAGCCUACUAGAACAGCAGAGAGCUCAUGAGCUAUUCCAAGCUGAAAUGUUCAGUCGCCAGCAGAUUUUGCACUCUAUAAUCAUUGAUGGACAACGGCUUCUUGAGCAGGGGCAAGUGGAUGAUAGGGAUGAGUUUAACCUUAAACUUGCCUUAUUGAGUAACCAAUGGCAAGGAGUAAUCCGUCGGGCUCAACAGAGGAGGGGGAUAAUCGACAGUCAGAUACAUCAGUGGCAACGUUACAGAGAAAUGGCAGAGAAGCUGCGCAAGUGGCUGGUGGAGAUGUCCUAUCAGCCAGUGACAGGCCUGGGGAACAUUCCAAUACCACUGCAGCAAGCCAGGAACCUUCUGGAUGAAGUCCAGCUAAGAGACAGAGUACUUCACAGACAGCAAGGGAGCUACAUCCUGACUGUGGAGGCUGGGAAGCAACUGCUUCUCUCUGCUGACAGUGGGGCGGAGGCUUCCUUGCAGGCAGAGCUCAUUGACAUUCAAGAGCGAUGGAAGGCCACCACAGUGAGACUGGAGGAACAGAAGAAACAGCUUGCAUUUCUACUGAAAGACUGGGAGAAAUGUGAAAAAGGAAUAGCAGAUUCCUUGGAAAAGCUAAGAACGUUCAGGAAAAACCUCUCUCAGCCAUUGCCUGUCCAUCAUGAUGAACUGCAUUCAGAACAGAUCAGAUGCAAGGAACUUGGAAAUGCAGUGGAAGGAUGGGUGGAGGAUCUUGCUCAUCUAACAGAACUGAAGGACACCUUUUCGCCAUUUAUUAGUGCAGAUGAUAUAUCUAUUAUUCUUAAUGAGCGCAUUGAACUGCUGCAGAGACAGUGGGAGGAACUGUGCCAUCAGGUUUCUUUACGUCGGCAGCAAGUCAGUGAGAGGCUUAAUGAGUGGGCAAUUUUCAAUGAAAAGAACAAGGAGCUGUGUGAGUGGCUGACCCAGAUGGAAAGCAAGGUCUCUCAGAAUGGGGACAUCAGCAUUGAAGAGAUGAUUGAAAAGUUUAGGAUUAUCAGGAGGAAAUUGCAGUUUUUCGGGAAAACAAAAUCCAGCUGCAACAAAUGGGAGAAAGACUGGCUAAGGCCAGCCACGAGAGCAAGGCAUCAGAGAUCGAGUACAAGCUGAGCAAAGUUAAUGACAGAUGGCAGCAUCUUCUGGACCUUAUUGGUGCAAGAGUGAAGAAACUAAAGGAGACCUUGGUUGCAGUACAGCAGUUGGAUAAGAACAUGAGCAGCCUAAGAUCAUGGCUGGGUCACAUAGAAUCAGAGCUGUCCAAACCAAUCGUGUAUGAAACCAGUGAUUCUGAAGAGAUACAAAGGAAACUAAAUGAGCAGCAGGAACUCCAGAGAGACAUAGAGAAGCACAGUACCGGAGUUGCAUCGGUUCUAAAUCUCUGUGAAGUACUUCUGCAUGACUGCGAUGCUUGUGCCAAUGACAGUGAAUGCGAUUCCAUUCAGCAGGCCACCCGCAGUCUAGACCGCAGGUGGAGGAACAUCUGUGCUAUGUCUAUGGAGAGGAGACUCAAGAUCGAGGAGACAUGGCGGCUUUGGCAGAAAUUCCUGGAGGACUUUUCUCGCUUUGAAGACUGGCUGAAAAUUUCAGAACGGACAGCUGCCUUUCCCAGUUCUUCUGGUGUGCUUUAUACAGUGGCAAAGGAAGAACUGAAAAAAUUUGAGGCUUUUCAAAGACAAGUUCAUGAGAGCCUCACUCAGCUGGAGCUCAUAAACAAACAGUAUCGCCGCCUGGCUCGGGAGAACCGCACUGAUUCAGCAUGUAAACUAAAGCAAAUGGUCCAUGAAGGCAACCAACGGUGGGACAAUCUGCAGAAGAGAGUUACAUCUAUUCUCAGGAGGCUGAAGCAUUUUAUUGGCCAGCGAGAAGAAUUUGAGACUGCACGAGACAGCAUCUUGGUUUGGCUUACAGAAAUGGACCUUCAGUUAACAAACAUAGAACAUUUUUCUGAGUGUGAUGUUCAGGCAAAAAUUAAACAGCUUAAGGCCUUCCAGCAAGAGAUAGCCUUAAACAACUACAAGAUUGAUCAAAUUAUUACUCAGGGAGAACAACUUUUAGAAAAGAGUGAACCUCUUGAUGCCGCUGUUAUUGAAGAAGAACUGGAUGAAUUGAGGAGGUAUUGCGUGGAGGUCUUUGGUCGCGUUGAACGAUAUCACAAAAAGCUCAUCCGUCUUCCGUUGACAGAUGAUGAACAUGACUUCUCAGACCGAGAGGUGGAUGGAGAUGAGACAAUGGACCUGUCUGAUCUGCAGUGGCACACAAAGAAUUCAGGCGGCAUCCUCUCACCUCUGCCUUCUUCAAACCAUUCACUGUCCCUAAUUGUUCCGAUGAGGAGUGAAAGAUCAGGUCGAGAUACACCAGCUAGUGUGGAUUCCAUACCACUGGAGUGGGAUCAUGACUAUGACCUCAGCCGUGAUUUAGAAACUGCAGUAUCCCAAGCAUUGCACUCAGAUGAUGAAGAUGACAAAAGUUAUUUUCUUCAAGGAGCAACUGGUUUAACUGGAGAGUCUGGUUUGUUAGAAUCACAGAUCCGUCAGCUAGACAAAGCACUGGAUACAAGCCGUUUCCAUUUACAGCAGACAGAGAAUGUCAUUCGCAGCAGAACCCCCACUGGACCUGAACUAGAUUCAAGUUACACAGGAUAUAUGAGGCUUCUUGGAGAGUGUCGGGGUAGUAUAGACACUGUGAGGAGAGUAAGUGAGAAAUUAAAAGAGGAAGAAGAGAAACUCUCAGGUUUCAUUAACCUAAACAGCACAGAGACACAGUCUGCUGGUGUUAUCGAGCGAUGGGAAUUAAUUCAUGCACAGGCCUUAAACAAAGAACUCCGAAUGAAACAGAAACUACAGCAGUGGCAGCAGUUUAUGUCAGAUCUGAACAACAUCAUGGAUUGGUUGGGAGAAACAGAGGAGGAGCUGGAGCAGCUUCGCCAGCUUGAUGUCAGCACAGAUAUCCAAACUAUAGAACAAAGAAUCAAAAAGCUAAAAGUAAGUUAA